AUGAUCGAGGUAAUCGAUAAUUUCCCAAAAAUACCAUUUUUACAAUCUACCAAACAAAAUUAUUUAGCAUUAGAAUUACUUUUGCUUACUACGGCCUGUACUUUGUUAGUAUGGUUCGUUCAAUUUAUUUGGGGAAGAAGAAAAUUAUACUCGUAUGCCAGACAAGUUCCUGGACCGCCUUCAUUACCAUUAAUUGGAUCUCCUUGGUAUUUUAUGGGAAAUUCUUACGAUAUUUUGUCCAAUGUGUCUAUGUUGUUUGAUACUUAUCCGUCAGUAUUUAAAGUAUGGUUUGGACCCAAACUGUUUUUUGCUGUAUCAGAACCAAAACACUAUGAAAUUUUAUUGACAAAAUGUUUGAACAAGGAAUCACUAUACGAUGGAGCCAAUGUGAUAGCUGCUGAUGGACUGUUUACAUCAAAACGUGAUACUUGGAAAAAACACAGAAAAUUAAUAGCUCCAACAUUUAAUCAACAAAUUUUGGAUAAUUUUGUCGAAAUAUUUUCGGAACAGGCUGAGGUCCUCGUUCAUAAUUUAAAAAAACAUGCUGGAAAAGGGGAGUUUGACAUAUUUCAUACUAUUUCCACAUGUACUUUGGAUAUCAUAUGUGAAACUGCAAUGGGCGUUAAAGUUCAUGCCCAAACUAUCGAUGCUCUUUACACCAAAUGGGCCGAUAGAAUGCUGGAGAUAAUAUUUUUAAGAAUCUUUAUUUUAUGGUACCAAAAUGACUUCCUGUUCAACUUAUUGCCGCUUGGUAGAGAAGCUCGCGAUAUUGCUAAAAAUAUGAACGAAUUCUCUGGAAGGGUAGUAAGAGAGAAGAAAAAAGCGUUUGAUGAAAAAAUCAGAGAAAGAAAAAAUUCCAUAGGAACCUAUUUCGAAAACGAAACGCCUAAAAGGAAAGUCUUCUUAGAUUAUUUACUUGAAGUGACCAAUGAUGAUAAUGUGGCAUUUACAGAGCAUCAAUUACGACAAGAGGUUAACACAUUUGUUAUUGCGGGCUCAGAUACCACUGCUACUUCAAUCUGCUAUGUUUUUACCAUGCUUGGCUUGCAUCAAGAUUUACAGGAAAAAGUUUACAAUGAAAUAAUCGACGUUCUUGGUCCUGAUCGACAACCUGAACCAUCGGAUUUGCCGAAAUUUAAAUACUUGGAGAGAUUCAUAAAAGAAACUCAACGAUUAUUUCCGUUAGCUGGACUAAUAGCACGCGAGGUGGAAGAGGAUAUUAACUUAGGUGAGUACGUCGUACCAGCUGGAGCAUCAGUCGUAUUCGGUUUUCUACAUACUCAUACGAACGAGAAAUACUGGCCGAAUCCUUUCAAAUUCAACCCCGAUAGAUUUUUGCCGGAAGAAGUGGCUAAAAGACAUCCCUGUACAUAUGUACCAUUUUCAUAUGGGCCUAGAAAUUGUAUUGGUCUCAAAUAUGCUAUGAUGGCUCUAAAAUCUUUACUUGCCACCACUUUAAGGAAAUUCAGGAUAUUUACAUCGUACCAAAAAGUAGAAGAUAUAAAACUCAAAGCUCACUUAGUCUUGAGACCUAAAGAUGGAUAUAAAGUAUAUAUAGAGCAUAGGACUUGA